UCUUCAAAGGGAACGGAACACAGAAGUGCUUGCUAGAAAUGUUCUCCCCCAGUCUUUGGUUUCUGCUGACCGCCUUGGGGUGCACUCUUGCCUUCAUAGAGAUACCAGAGGAAUACCUCGCUGAAAUAAGGGAAGAUCAGGCAGGUGAGAGCGCUGCUGGUGAGUAUAACUACGAUAAUCAAGGCGAUGACUGGCAGGGCACCUGCGCCACUGGUGAGAAGCAGUCUCCCAUAGAUCUGAUUUUUCAGGAUUCCAAGGUCAGUUCUAUAAGCCGUCUGCGUUUCAACUACUAUAAUCAAUCGCUGCGCACUCCUUUGGUGAUAACGAAUAAUGGACACACAGCAAACAUGGUCUUACCCGUUACUCGCGAUGGCCAUCGUCCCUAUAUAAAUGGGGCUUUGCUGCCCGGGGACUUUGAGGUCCAGAGUGUCCACUUCCACUGGGGAUCGCGGGAUAGCAAGGGAUCGGAGCAUGCCAUUAACUUUGAGCGCUACGAUGUGGAGAUGCACAUCGUCCACAAGAACACACGCUACGAGACUAUGGCCGAGGCCACCCAGCAUUGGGAUGGUCUGGCCGUUUUGGGUGUGAUGUUCAAGUCGGUUAAUCGCCUGACUACCCAGCAUUAUGGUCUCAAUAAGAUCUUCAAUCAGCUGCCGCGGAUUGUGGAGUAUCAGUCGAAUGCCACGAUUACGGGCCAACUGAAUGUGGGACAGCUUUUGGGCAAUAUAGUGACAGGGCAGUUCUACACGUACAAUGGAUCUCUAACCACGCCGGACUGUGCGGAGGCUGUGACUUGGACUGUCUUCGACGAUAUUCUUGAAUUUCCACAUCGUCAGAUCGCAAAGCUCUGGAACCUGAGGGACUCGCGGAGAAAGCCAUUGAUAAAUAACUAUCGCAGCUUGCAGGACACCAAUCCGGGAAUUAGAGAUGUAUAUUAUCGUGUUAUACAAGAUAGCAUUUAAAGAAAUAUCUAUUUUCUAUCACUUUUUGAAUCUAAAUGAAGUUGGAAAUUGGAAAUAUUUUUUCCUUAUUCUAACUCAAGGAAGUUUAUGAUAUUAUUUCAACGCAAAACAUCUUUACAAUAAAAACGAGCUAAUUAUUGAUAA